AUGCUUCUCCAAUUUGUGGCAUUGUGUUCGUGCUUCGUGUCUCCGUUCACCUACGUCCUCGCACAACAGCCUCCCUCGUCUCCCAUCCUCAACGCAGAAAUCGACGCGUUUAUCAAUGGUCUACUUGCCGAUUGGAACUCCCCUGGCGGAGUCUCCGUCGCUGUUGUGCGGAAGACCGGUAACGAUACUUGGAACGUGGAGACCAAAGGAUAUGGUGUGGCUAAAGCGGAUGGCACUAACGUCACAGCGCAAACACUGUUCGCUAUAGGUUCAAACUCCAAACUGUUUGAUAUAUUGGCCACCGGGCUGCUCAUCGCUAACACAUCCCUCGAUCCGCGCAUCUCGUGGAACACUAAAAUCAAGACGAUUAUCCCAGAAUGGGGUCUCAUGGACCCAAUAGCUACUGACGAGGCUACUAUAAUUGAUCUGAUGAGCCAUCGCUCUGGCCUACCCCGGCACGACUUCAUGGCCAAACUGUCGGACGACGUGCUUGAUGUCAUUGGAAGGCUCCGCUUCCUUAAGCCAUCCACUGAGUUCAGGGAGACGCUCCAAUAUAACAACAAUAUGUACACCGUCCUGUCAUAUAUCCCUACCGCCAUCCUUCCGUCCAAGCCCAAAUUCACUCGUUACGUGAAAGCUAAUAUUUUCGAGCCCCUCGGAUUGAAUUCUACAACAUAUUCCUUCGAUGUUGCCAAUGCAACAGGCAAUCUUGCGGACGGCUUCUUCAAGCAACAAACAAAUUUGUCUGCGUCGAUUUUCGAUGCUGGAAUACCACGAGCUAUCCCUUUCUGGGCCCAAGUAGGCGGCGAAGAUGGACAUUUGGAUUCGGGUGCUGGCGGAGUUAUUAGUAACGCUGUAGACAUGGCAGCCUGGCUCCAGACAUUGCUCUCUGGCGGGGGGAACGCGGCGACUAAAGAGGUGAUCAUACCUCCUGAGGCAAUUAACAUGGUGUCCUCUGGAAUAACAGUUUUUGAGAGCUCUCCCCAACAUCCGUUCUUAUCUGCAGCUGUUUAUGGUGGUGGGCAGGCUCAAAGUACCUACAGAGGACAUGUCGUUGUGGAGCAUGGCGGCAGCGUUCCAGGGUUCAACUCAUACAUAUCACGUUUCCCGUUUGAUGGCGUCGGCAUUUCUGUCCUGACCAAUGACAAUGAACUUGGUAGCGCUAUCAGUCUCGCUGUCAAAUACAGAAUCUCAGACGAGGCGUUGGGGUUAACACCGAUCGACUCCAAGACUAUAGUAGCUAAUGAUCUCCUAGCAACAUUCGCUGCUUUGCCGCCACCCAUUCAACGUCCUGAGAAUGCCACCCUCCCGCCCAACGGGGUUGAAGGUCUGGCUGGUGUUUAUGAAGAUCCUGCGUACGGUCGAGCAGAACUCUGCCUGGCUUCCGCAAAUGCUUCAACAGUUACUAUCUCUGAUAGCUGCCGAGCAUUGACCUCUAAUAUCACUGUCGUCCUUCCAGGCGUAGUUGACCCCACUAUCCCAACCCUACUGGCAAAGUGGGACCGACCAUUCGGUGCAUACGUUCGCCUGACACAUUUGAACGAAAGUACCUUUUCGCUAUCGGUCUUUGACAGCUAUCCCACGGGAAACUCUUCGAGUCCAUUUUGGGCGUCCCCCGUGGUGGUUUUGGGACCAGUGGCUGAGUUUGCCCAAGAUAAUGGGACUCUUGGGUUUGGAUUGACUGGUGCCUGGGGAGCUGGGGCUGGCGUACCAGAGCCUAUCGGCAACACCGUUAGAGAGCGGUCGGAAGUAUGGUUCACGAAGGUGUAG